UUGAUCCUGCGCUCCAACGCCUCCCAUCAAUUCCUCUGAAGAAGACUUCCGGUGGUGAUAAUGGCGGUGGCAUGGUGAAUCCCACGGAAAGAGAAAAAUUCUGGCCGCUUUCGUCCUCUCCCAUCGAUUCAGGGCGGAUUUAUAUGCGAUUUUGGCUUUGACAGAUUAAGCCUCGUACAGUGGAUUUUGCAGCACAAGCACGGCUGUGUCUCCCCGCUCGGCCAUGGCGGCUCACAAACCAGUGGAAUGGGUCCAGGCCGUGAUUACUAGAUUUGAUGAGCAGCUUCCAAUCAAAGUUGGACACCAGAACACUCACACGAAAAUCAGCACGGAGCACAACAAAGAAUGUCUGAUCAACAUUUCAAAAUACAAGUUUUCACUCGUCAUUAGCGGCCUCACUACCAUCCUUAAAAAUGUCAAUAACAUGCGUAUAUUUGGGGAAGCAUCUGAGAAAAACCUCUACCUCUCACAGCUCAUCAUCCUGGACACAUUGGAGAAGUGCCUGGCUGGGCAAUCCAAGGACAGCCUGCGCCUGGAUGAGACCAUGCUGGUCAAACAGCUUUUGCCUGAGAUCUGCCAUUUUAUCCACACUUACCGAGAAGGCCAUCAGCAUGUAACCGAACUCCGAACCUCUGCCUCAGCUGUUCUCUUCUCUCUUAGCUGCAACAACUUCAACGCUGUUUUCAGCCGCAUUUCCACCAGGCUCCAGGAGCUGACAGUGUGCUUGGAGGACAAUGUGGAUGUUCAUGAUAUCGAGCUGAUGCAGUACAUAAACGUGGACUCCUUCAAGCUGAAAAAGCUACUACAAGAAACUGUUCUCAAAUUUAAAGCGCUUAAAAAGCCUGCACAACUGGCAGUCAUCAACAGUUUAGAGAAGGCAUUUUGGAACUGGGUCGAGAAUUAUCCCGAUGAAUUCACCAUGCUCUACCAACGUCCUCAAGCAGAUAUGGCAGAAGCUGCCGAGAAGCUGUUUGACCUGGUGGACAACUUUGCAGAGAGUGCCAAGAGAAAGGCUGCAGUGUGGCCGCUUCAGAUCAUUCUCCUCAUCCUCUGCCCAGAGAUCACACACACCAUCUCCAAAGACAGCGUGGACGAAAGCAAGGCAAACAAGAAGUUGUUUUUGGACAGUUUACGUAAAGCUUUAGCCGGUCAAGGUGGUAGCAAGCAGCUGAUGGAGAGUGCUGCUAUUGCUUGUGUCAAACUGUGUAAAGCCUCCACUUACAUUAACUGGGAGGAUCACUCCACCAUUUUUCUUCUGGUCCAAUCUAUUGUCAUGGAUCUCAAGGCUUUGCUGUUCAACCCAGCUAAACCAUUCUGGCGGGGGGCAGGUGGCCAGAAUGCUGACGUUGAGCUUAUGAUGGACUGCUUUGUCUCCUGUUUUCGCAUCAAUCCCCACAACAACCAGCACUUUAAGGUCUGUUUAGCCUCCUCUUCGCCCUCUACCUUCCACUUUGUCCUGGUCAACUCAUUGCACAGAAUAAUCACCAAUUCUCAUCUUGACUGGUGGCCCAAGAUCGAUGCUGUGUACUGCCACUCUGGAGAACUCCGUUUUAUGUUCUCGGACACACUGAACCGGGUCAUCCAAGGCAUUGGUACCCAUGCUCCUCUACGCAUAACGCCAAGUCUGACUUUUAAAGGGAAGAUGACAACCAGCCUUAAGUUCAAAGAGAAAACCACAGACCUGGACACUAGAAGUUACAAGUGCCUCCUCCUAGCUUUGGUCAAACUCAUCCAUGCUGACCCCAAACUCAUGUUGCAUAACCCAGUAAAACAAGCUCCAGAGAUGCAGAGCACCACAGCUGAACUCAUCAUUGGCUUGGUGCAACUUGUGCCUCUGACCAACACCACACAGCUCUCACAAGAAGCUAUGGAGGCUCUUUUGGUGCUGCACCAGCCAGAGACCAUUGAGCAGUGGAAUCCAGAUGCUCCAAUAGAGACUUUCUGGGAUAUCAGUUCACAGGUGCUGUUUCUCAUCUGUCGCAAGCUGAUCGGCCAGCAGAUGGUCAACGGGACCGAAGUUCUCAAGUGGCUGAGAGAGAUCCUAAUUUGCAGAAAUAAAUUUCUACUUAAGAAGAAGGAGUGUGCCACCAUGGGUGGAGGUAUUCCCAUCUGCAGGCAGGCACAGACCAAACUUGAAGUAUGUCUUUACAUGUUCCUGUGGAGUCCGGACACAGAGGCAGUGUUAGUUGCCAUGUCAUGUUUCCGCCACCUCUGUGAGGAGGCUGACAUCCGCAGUGCUGCUGACGAGGUGUCCGUCCAAACCAUCCUGCCCAACUAUGCCACUUUCAGUGAACUUGCCUCCAUCAGCAACAUGAUGGGAACAGGUCGGUCUACAUUGCAAAAGCGAGUAAUGGCCUUGCUUAGGAGGAUUGAGCAUCCCACACCAGGAAACAUUGAGGCUUGGGAGGACACAUAUGCAAAAUGGGACCAAGCAACAAAACAAAUCCUGAACUCCCCAAAAAACAAGGCAGAUGAUGGGCAGCAGGAGUGGAUCAACAUGACAGGCUUCCUCUGUGCCCUUGGUGGUGUAUGUCUCCAGCAACGCAGCACCCCUGGUCCAGCCACCUAUAGCCCACCAAUGAGCUCCAUGAGUGAGCGCAAGCAUUCAAUGAUCUCCAUGGGCCCAUGUGAGAUCUCCAGCCCUUUGGUCUCAGCCUCCUGUUCCUCAUCAGCUACCAGUGAGACACCGGUUAGCCGCUUUGUAGAUCGGCUACUGGCCUUGCUGGUGUGUGGCCAUGAAAGAGUCGGCCUCCAUGUCCGUACUAAUGUCAAAGACUUGCUGGGGCUGGAGCUUAGCCCUGCCCUUUACCCAAUGCUUUUCAACAAGCUAAGGAACAGCAUUGGCAAAUUCUUUGAGACACAGGGACCGGUUCCUAUCAAUGACACGAACACGCAAUUUGUGGAGCAGACUAUUGCGAUCAUGAAGAAUCUGCUUGACAAUCACACAGAAGGCAGCUCUGAGCACCUGGGGCAGGCUAGCAUUGAGACUAUGAUGCUCAACUUGGUCAGGUAUGUUCGCAUUCUUAGCAAUGUGGUCCAUGCAAUCCAGAUCAAAACCAAGUUGUGCCAGCUGGUUGAAGUAAUGAUGGAGAGGCGUGAUGACCUUUCUUUUUGCCAGGAGAUGAAGUUCAGGAACAAGAUGGUGGAAUACCUGACAGACUGGGUGAUGGGAACGUCCAAUCAAGCAGCUGAUGAUGACAUCAAGUGUUUGACGAGGGACCUUGACCAAGCCAGUAUGGAGGCAGUUGUGUCUUUGCUUGCUGGUCUUCCACUGCAGCCAGAGGAGGGAGAUGGAGUGGAGCUGAUGGAAGCCAAGUCCCAGCUAUUUCUAAAGUACUUCACCCUGUUCAUGAAUCUGCUAAAUGAUUGCAGUGAGGUAGAGGAUGAGGGCCAGACAGUGGGUGGUUGCAAAAGGGGAAUGUCACGACGCCUUGCCUCCCUUCGCCACUGUACUGUCCUGGCCAUGUCCAACCUCCUCAAUGCUAAUGUAGACAGCGGCUUGAUGCACUCAAUUGGUCUGGGUUACCAUAAAGACCUACAAACUCGAGCUACAUUCAUGGAAGUGCUGACCAAGAUUUUGCAGCAGGGAACGGAGUUUGACACACUGGCUGAGACUGUGCUGGCUGACCGCUUUGAGAGGCUGGUUGAGCUGGUCACCAUGAUGGGAGACCAGGGAGAACUGCCUAUCGCUAUGGCACUUGCUAAUGUUGUCCCAGGAUCCCAAUGGGACGAGCUUGCCCGGGUCCUGGUGACACUGUUCGACUCUCGUCACCUCCUUUACCAACUUCUAUGGAACAUGUUCUCCAAAGAGGUGGAGCUUGCUGACUCAAUGCAGACCCUUUUUAGGGGAAACAGCUUGGCCAGCAAAAUAAUGACCUUUUGCUUCAAGGUCUAUGGAGCAGCGUACCUGCAAAAGUUACUUGAUCCUUUAUUAAAAGGGGUCAUCACUACCCCAGAACACAUCAGUUUUGAGGUGGACCCUACAAGACUGGAACAAGGUGAGAACUUGGAAGAAAAUCAGAGAAACCUGUUGCAGAUCACUGAGCGCUUCUUCCAUGCCAUCACUGGCUCAUCCAGCGAGUUCCCUCCACAGCUUCGCAGCGUCUGCCACUGUCUCUACCAGGCUACUUGCCACUCUCUACUGAAUAAGGCAACUGUAAAAGAAAAAAAGGAAAACAAAAAAGCAGUCGUGAGUCAGAGGUUCCCACAGAACAGUAUUGGUGCAGUGGGCAGUGCCAUGUUUCUUCGUUUUGUCAAUCCGGCUAUCGUAUCCCCUUAUGAGGCAGGAAUCUUGGAAAAAAAGCCCAUGCCCAGGAUAGAACGAGGUCUAAAACUCAUGUCCAAGAUUUUGCAGAGCAUCGCCAACCAUGUCUUGUUUACAAAGGAAGAGCACAUGAGGCCUUUCAAUGAUUUUGUGAAGAGCAACUUUGAUUCAGCUCGGAGUUUUUUCUUAGACAUAGCAUCAGACUCUCCACCCAGUGACUCUGUGAACCACAGUCUGUCCUUCAUCAGUGAUGGUAAUGUGCUAGCACUACAUCGACUGUUAUGGAACAACCAAGAGAGAAUUGGCCAGUACCUCUCCAGCAACAGAGACCAUAAAGCUGUGGGCAGGCGUCCUUUUGACAAAAUGGCAACCUUGCUGGCCUAUCUAGGGCCUCCUGAACACAAACCCGUGGCUGACACUCACUGGUCCAGCCUCAACCUGACCAGUUCUAAAUUUGAGGAAUUCAUGACCAGGCACCAGGUACACGAAAAAGAGGAAUUUAAAGCCUUGAAAACCCUCAACAUUUUCUACCAGGCAGGGACCUCAAAGACUGGCAAUCCAGUGUUCUACUAUGUAGCUCGCAGAUUCAAAACUGGCCAGAUAAACGGAGACCUGCUAAUCUACCAUGUACUCCUUACCCUGAAACCCUACUAUGCCAAGCCCUAUGAGAUUGUGGUAGACUUGACUCAUGUGGGCCCGAGUAACCGCUUCAAGACUGACUUUUUGUCCAAGUGGUUUGUGGUCUUUCCGGGUUUUGCCUAUGAAAAUGUGGCAGCUGUCUUUGUGUACAAUUGCAAUACUUGGGUAAGAGAGUACACUAAAUACCAUGAGCGUCUACUGACCGGCUUGAAGGGAAGCAAGCGGCUCCAGUUCAUCGAUUCUCCAGCUAAGCUUGCUGAACACAUAGAACCUGACCAACAGAAGCUCCCUGCUGCCACACUCACUCUGGAAGAAGAUCUCAAAGUGUUCCAUAAUGCUCUGAAACUGGCUCACAAAGACACCAAGGUCUCAAUUAAGGUCGGCUCAACAGCAGUGCAGGUGACCUCAGCUGAACGGACGCGUGUUCUGGGGCAGCCUGUCUUCCUUAAUGAUGUCUACUAUGCCUCAGAGAUUGAAGAGAUUUGUCUGGUCGAUGAGAGCCAGUUUACCCUCACCAUGGCCAACCAGGGCACACCACUUACUUUCAUGCAUCAAGAAUGUGACGCAAUCGUUCAGUCUAUCAUCCAUAUUCGAACACGAUGGGAGCUAUCUCAGCCGGAUUCAAUUCCCCAGCACACUAAGAUCCGGCCUAAAGAUGUUCCCGGCACGCUGCUUAAUAUCGCUCUGCUCAACCUGGGCAGUUCUGACCCCAGUCUCAGGUCUGCAGCUUAUAAUCUAUUGUGUGCUUUGACUUGCACGUUCAACUUAAAGAUAGAAGGCCAGUUGUUGGAGACAUCAGGCCUCUGCAUUCCAGCCAACAACACUCUUUUCAUAGUGUCCAUCAGUAAGACACUAGCUGCCAAUGAACCCCAUCUGACGCUAGAGUUUCUGGAGGAGUGCAUCUCUGGAUUCAGCAAAUCCAGUAUUGAGCUGAAGCAUCUUUGUUUGGAGUACAUGACACCCUGGCUGCUAAACCUUGUUCGCUUUUGUAAGCACAAUGAUGAUGCCAAGCGCCAGCGUGUCACUGCCAUUUUGGACAAGCUCAUCACCAUGACCAUCAACGAAAAGCAGAUGUAUCCCUCUAUCCAAGCGAAGAUCUGGGGCAGCUUGGGCCAGAUAACAGAUCUGUUGGAUGUGGUGUUAGACAGCUUCAUCAAGACCAGUGCCACUGGAGGCCUUGGCUCUAUCAAGGCUGAGGUGAUGGCUGAUACUGCAGUUGCCUUGGCAUCAGGAAAUGUCAAACUGGUCUCCAGUAAGGUUAUCAGUCGAAUGUGUAAGAUCAUAGACAAGACCUGCUUGUCACCAACACCAACAUUGGAGCAGCACCUGAUGUGGGAUGACAUUGCCAUUUUGGCACGCUACAUGCUCAUGCUUUCGUUCAACAACUCGCUGGAUGUUGCUGCCCAUCUGCCGUACCUGUUCCACGUCGUUACCCUGCUGGUAGCAACUGGACCACUUUCUCUCAGGGCCUCUACUCAUGGCUUAGUCAUCAACAUCAUUCAUUCCCUCUGUACUUGCUCCCAGCUUAACUUCAGUGAGGAGACAAAACAGGUUCUGCGGUUGAGCCUCACUGAAUUCUCCUUGCCCAAGUUCUACCUGCUUUUUGGCAUCAGCAAAGUCAAGUCAGCAGCUGUCAUUGCCUUCCGCUCCAGCUACAGAGACCGCUCCUUCUCCCCAGGAUCAUACGAAAGGGAGACUUUUGCCCUUUCCUCCUUGGAGACUGUCACUGAGGCCUUACUAGAAAUAAUGGAGGCUUGUAUGAGGGACAUCCCUGCCUGUAAGUGGUUAGACCAAUGGACAGAGCUUGCAAAAAAGUUUGCAUUCCAGUACAACCCAUCUCUCCAGCCCCGAGCCCUGGUGGUGUUUGGUUGCAUUAGUAAAAGGGUGAGCCAUGGUCAAAUCAAGCAGAUUAUCCGAAUACUCAGUAAAGCCAGCCCUCUUCUCAGCAUAGACCGGGGUCUUGAGAGCUGUCUGAAAGGGCCUGACAAUUACAACAGCCAAGUAUUAAUUGAAGCCACUGUCAUUGCACUGACAAAACUGCAGCCUCUACUCAGUAAGGAGUCUCCUAUGCACAGGGCGCUGUUCUGGGUUGCAGUGGCUGUACUACAGCUGGAUGAAGUGAACCUGUAUUCUGCUGGGACUGCUUUGCUGGAGCAGAACCUCCACACCCUGGACACAAUGCAUGUCUUCAAUGACAAGAGUCCAGAAGAAGUGUUCAUGGAGAUCAGACGUCCUUUGGAAUGGCACUGUAAGCAGAUGGACCACUUUGUGGGACUGAACUUUAGUGCUAACUUCAACUUUGCACUUGUAGGCCACCUUCUCAAAGGUUACAGACAUCCAUCAGCCAACACAGUAGCGAGAACAGUGAGAAUCCUUCACACACUUUUGACUCUCAUCAGCAAGCAUUUGAAAUGUGACAAGUUUGAAGUCAACACCCAGAGUGUGGCUUAUUUAGCUGCACUGCUCACGGUGUCUGAGGAGGUCCGAAGUCGUUGCAGUCUUAAACACAGGAAGUCGCUCCUAAUCUCAGACCUCUCGAUGGAUCCGGUACCUAUGGACACCUACUCCAGUGUAAUCAGUGAUUCCAGCUGCAGGACACUCAGAGAAACUCAACCAUGGACAUCCCCUCAGGUUUCAGAGCGCUACCUUUCAGCUCACCACUACCCUACAGCGGGUCAAAUAAGCCCACGUACGCGCAAGUCAAUGAGCCUGGACAUGGGACAGCCUUCCCAGGCCACGACAAAGAAGCUUUUGGGCACCAGAAAGAGCUUUGAUCAUCUCAUAUCAGACUCUAAAGCUCCAAAGAGACCUGAAAUGGAAUCAGGCAUGACCACACCUCCUAAAAUGAGGCGUGUUGCAGAAAAUGAUUAUGAGAUAGAGACGCAAAGAAUAGGAAACUCUCACCUUCGCAAGGUUUCUGUCUCUGAGUCAAAUGUUUUGCUGGAUGAGGAGGUGCUGACUGACCCUAAGAUCCAGGCUCUCCUUCUCACUGUGCUGGCCACCCAGGUCAAAUACACCACAGAUGAUUUUGAUCAGCGGAUUCUUUAUGAGUACUUGGCUGAAGCUAGCGUUGUCUUCCCAAAGGUUUUUCCCGUUGUGCACAACUUGCUGGACUCCAAGAUCAAUACUGUGCUGUCCAUGUGCCAGGACACAAACCUCCUGAACCCUGUCCAUGGCAUUGUCCAGAGUGUGGUGUAUCAUGAGGAGUCUCCACCACAGUAUCAGCCCUCCUAUUUACAAAGCUUUGGCUUUAAUGGACUCUGGAGGUUUGCUGGUCCUUUCUCAAAGCAAACCCAAAUACCAGAUUACGCCGAGCUAAUUGUCAAGUUCUUGGAGGCAUUGAUUGACAGCUACCUGCCUACAGCUGAGGAGGAGCGAGGGGAGGAGCAGCUGCGGACGCCGACCUCCCCUUAUCCCCCCACCAGUCAGAGCCAGCUCAGCAUCACUGCCAACCUCAACCUGUCUAACUCCAUGACCUCACUGGCCACCUCGCAGCACUCACCAGGUGUGGAUAAAGAGAAUGUCCAGUUGUCCCCCAGCUCAGCUCUGUCCAGCGGAGGUCGCACUCGCCACGGCUCGGCCAGUCAGGUCCAGAAGCAACGCAGCGCCGGCAGCUUCAAAAGACCCAGCAUCAAGAAGAUUGUCUGAUCUCGUCACGGCCCCGCCUUCUUCCUCCUCUUAUCCCGCCCCAUCUGCCGACUCGGCUUCAUGCUGCAUUUAGCUUUUUACUUUUUCAAAUCCUCCUAUGGCGGAAUUGUGGGAAUUUUCAAUCGAGUACGUU